UUAUAAAGUCACGUUUAUAUUUAAAUUUUUUUCUUUAUAUUUUUGCUAUUGUUCUCUUUCUCAAGAAUUACUCCUUGUUUUACGUACAAAAAUUUUUGAUUCAACAGUAUUUAUAAUAAUAUAUUGAUAGAUACAUUUAUAUGGAGAUAUAAUAAUAUAAUGUAUUCGUUGACAAUAUUUGUUGGUCGGUUUAUGCCUGUGGUGGUCUUAUCUCUCGUAGGUUAUACAUACUAUGUCUUUGUAUUUCGAAUAUGUGUUAAUCGUUUAAUAGAUUAUGAUAAAAUUGCACAAGCUGUGAUAUAUCUGGUAAUUUACAACAUUUUGUUUGUAAUGACUUUGUUAUCAUAUUUUAGAAUUUUACUUCAAGGUCCUGGAUCACCUUCAAAAUCACCGAAACAAUCAGAGCAACAAAGAAAUUCACAUUCACCAGAUGAUGAUGUUACAGUCAAUGUAUCACAACCAACAACGUUUACCAUUCAUCAUUUUAAUCCUGUAACAAAUCCAAUUAAUACAUCAAAUGCUGAUGCCUUAUUACAAAUGGAAAAUGCUUUCAUUAAAGAUAGUGUGUCUCCAACAGUGGCAGCAUCAACUUCUAAUACUAACGCUGCUACUUCUAAUCCUUCUUCUUCAAGUAUAAUGGUUUCAAUGCCGAAUAUUUUUAUAAGUAAAAGGGACGGAAGACUAAGAUGGUGUGAUAGAUGUAAUUAUGUGAAACCUGAUAGAUGUCAUCAUUGUUCCGAAUGUGAUACCUGCGUGCUAAAAAUGGAUCAUCAUUGUCCAUGGGUUAACGGAUGUGUGGGUUAUUUCAAUUAUAAAUGUUUUUAUCUGUUCAUAGUAUAUACUUCACUAUAUGCUGAUUUUGCAUUUGCUGCUACUAUACCUGUAUUAGUGGAACAAUUAAAGGAAGAUAAGUAUCUUGAUAUACAGUUGAUUAUUAUAAUGAUAUUUGGAUUUAUAUUUGGUCUUUUACUUACAGGAUUUACAUUAGUUCAUACAACGUAUGUGCUGCGGAAUAGAACUACGAUUGAAAGUAUUUCGUUUCGUACAAGAACGUACAAUGUACGUGUACAAUUUGACGUUGAGAAUCCAUUAGGUUACGGUGUGACAACUACUCAGCCUGGUGAAAAUCUGUGGAAUCUUGGUUGGAAAAAGAAUUGGAAAGAUGUUAUGGGAAAUAAAUGGUGGUUAUGGUUUAUACCAUUUGGUAAACCUCCCGGUGACGGAUUAAUAUAUUCUUUUAAUCCUGAUCUACGAACUAGAUUAAUAGAUGACGCUAGAAGACAAUCUCAAGCACAAGAAGAUAGAAUGGCCAUGAUGAUGCAACAAGCCCAACGGAGUAACACCAGGGGUGGAACUGGAGGUGGAAGGAUAUUAUGAUAAUGAUCAAAUUUUUAACACUAAGAAACAAUUUUUACUUUGCUUAUUAAAAAAAACAAUGUAAAUUAAAAAAAAAAUUAAAUUAAUAUAGAAGUAAAAUAAUAAUAAUGAACAUAGUUUGUUAAAUGCAAUUUAGUAUUAUAUACUAUUUGUAUUCUUAAAAAUUUUACUUGGGAAUAAAUUAAGCAGUCGAAUCAAAAAUCGGAUAACUUUAUUCUACCUGCUCUACCAGAACAUUAUAAAUUAAAUUUUUAACCGGUCAGCACCGAAAUGGUUAGAAAUGGUUAGAUUUGAAAAGUAAUAAUUGUAAACGCUCCAAAACCCGUUAUUAUAAUCAAAAAAGUUUAUUAAUAUUUGAUUUCAAUGAUUUUUAUACAUUAUAAUAAUUAUAAAUUAUU